AUGUCGUCACGCUACUCCGGCCGCGAUGCCGACCCUACGCCCCUUGGACAGCCAUUGUCAUUUCAUUUCUCGACUAGUGUGGCUCUCAAUCGCCUGAUGAAGGCCGCUAUGACCGAGCAGAUGUGCUCCUGGGACGAAAAUUUUGCAAAGCGAGGUAUUCCUUCGGAAGAACUGAUCAAUCUGUAUCGAAAAUGGAGUGGUGGGGGUUGGGGAAUGGUGGUGACGGGCAACAUCCUCAUUCAUCCAGACCAUCUCGAAGCUAAGGAAAACCUUAUCGUCCCGCUCGAUGCACCUUUUUCGGGGCACCUGGGUAGAGCAGGCGGUACACUUCUCCUGGGUCAGCCCAACCAUCCGGGCCGGCAGAUAAGAGAUGAACUCCAACCAAAUCCAGUAGGCGCAUCUGAUAUUCAGCUGGUCAAGGGCUACUACGGUGUCAAGUUUGGCAAACCCCACGCCGCCUCUAUCGAAGAAAUCCACGAGAUAAGGGACAGUUUUAUCCACUGCGCUGUCUACCUGGAUAAGGCCGGCUUCGACGGGAUCCAGCUGCACGGUGCUCAUGGAUACCUCAUCGCUCAGUUUCUGUCUCUAACUACCAACAACCGAGAGGACAUGUACGGAGGCUCUCUAGAAAAUCGAGCACGCCUUGUCACGGAAAUCGCUGAUGGUAUUCGGGCACAAACAAGCCCGAGCUUUGUCCUGGGCAUCAAAAUCAAUAGCGUCGAAUUCCAGAACUCAGGUUUCUCUACGGCGGAGGCUGCAGAACUGUGCGAGAUCCUCGAGGCCCAUACCUUCGAUUUCGUCGAGCUGAGCGGUGGCACAUACGAGGAGGACGCCUGGUAUCACCGAAAAGAUAGCACUCGGGCGCGCGAGGCCUUCUUCAUCGAAUUUGCCGAAAUGAUCGUGCCGCACAUGAAGAAGACGAAAGCCUUCAUCACUGGAGGAAUUCGCACCGUGGGCGGCAUGGUGGAUAUUCUGAAAACGGGGUUAGAUGGUAUCGGUCUUGCCCGGCCGGCGUCGACGGAGCCGGAACUGCCAAAUGACAUUUUUACCAAAGGGGUAAAGGGCUGUGUCAAGCCCCUGCUGGAUGAGCAGAAUUUCGGUAAUGGGUUGGCGUUGUCACUGGCACAGAUGCACCAAAUAGGUAGAGAUGAGCAGCCGAUGGACCCGACAGAUGAGAAGGCCAUUGCGGACCUUGUGAAGAAUAUCGCCGCGAGAAGGGUUAAGUGA